AUGAAAAUAAUAUAUAGUAUAAUUGUAUUUUAUUUUAUAACUUUAUUAAAGGCAGAACAAUAUGUUCUAAAAUGGAUAGGGGACGAAUUUGAAGUUAAACCUCUAAGUUCAAGUACAAUGAACUCCAAAACAUUAAUUUGUGAAUAUUGCCAAUUAUUUACAUAUGCCUUUCAUAAUCAUUUAGAGAAGGCACUACAGAAAUAUAAAGAUUCUAGUCCUCCCAAAGGAUUCCUUGAUACAACAAUUAAUAACUUCCUUGAACGUCAUGUAGCUUGUUCAAAUACAGUAUGGCAACCUCUUGCAGAUAUAACUCCUCAAUUUACUAUAGAACAAUUUAUUGAAGUAUGCAGAGAUAGUAUGGAUGAUAUUGAAGAAUACUUAGAAAAAGUUGGAGUAAAAAAGUUAUCUUUGUCUGAGGAAAUUGAACAAAUUUGUAUUCCUAGUAAAGCUUGUAAUAGCAAAGAUGAUCUAUGGAAAAUAAAUGACUAUCCAGAACAUAGAGAAUCUAAGAAUUCACUUUUGAAAAAAAGAUCUCUUGAAUUCCUUGAAGAAAAUAAAAAGAAACCUAAUAUUGAAACUACCCCUAGUGGAUUACAAUAUAAAAUUUUAUAUUCAAGUGGGAAUAAUAAGAAACCUUCUAUUCACGACAAAGUUGCAGUUCACUAUAGAGGAAAAACACUUGAUGGUAAAGAAUUCGAUGCAUCUGUAACUAGAGAUAAUAAACCAGCUGAAUUUGAAGUAUCACAACUAGUUCCAGGAUGGACAGAGGCACUAACAAUGAUGAAUGAGGGUGAUGAAUAUCUAAUAUUUAUACCUCCAGAAUUAGCUUAUGGUGAGAGAGGUGCAGGUCAUUCUAUAGAACCAAAUGAAGUUAUUAUUUUUAAAUUGAAAUUAAUCAAAAUUAUAGAUAAUAAAGAUAACAAUGAAGUUAAUGAAGAACUAUAG